CAGUACGCUCCCUCCCAGGCAGGAGGUCGGACUCGGUCUGUGGCGACGGCGGCUGAGCGGGCGGGAGAGAGCGAGAGCGGGCCCCAUGGCACAGAGGCAGGCUACUUUCUAACUGAACAAGAGGAGUGUCAAUCGCUAUGCAGAGUCCCGAUCAUAAAGACGACAACAGCAGCUUGAAAACCACCGAGACCAUGGGCAAGGACACUGAAGCCAAGAGUGAGCAGCCUGCUGACUUCAGCACUGAGAUCAUGAGUGUCACGGAGAUGGAACAGUCCCCUGCUAACUCUCCUGAUGCCAACACUCAGGAAGAAAUUACCCAGGACAGUGAAAUGCCAGACUCCGAAACUGUAAAGUCUGCUGAUCCUGAAACUUCAUUCCCUCCUGAGUUUGAAAAGUUCUGGAAAGUAGUUGAAACCAACCCACAAGAUUUCACAGGCUGGGUCUAUCUCCUGCAGUAUGUAGAGCAAGAAAACCAGUUACCAGCCGCCAGGAAAGCCUUUGACAGUUUUUUCACACAUUACCCGUAUUGCUACGGCUAUUGGAAGAAGUAUGCAGACCUGGAGAAGCGGCACAGCAACAUGAAGCUGUCGGAUGAGGUGUAUCGGAGAGGGCUCCAGGCAAUACCUCUUAGCGUUGAUCUCUGGAUCCAUUACAUAAACUUCCUCAAAGAGACGUUGGAUUCCACUGACCCUGAAACUGUUGGGACCAUUAAAGGGACCUAUGAACAUGCAGUCUUAGCUGCAGGGACGGAUUUCCGCUCAGACAAACUAUGGGAAAUGUAUAUAAAUUGGGAGAAUGAAGAAGGUAACCUGAGAGCAGUGACUGCUGUGUUUGACCGCAUUCUUGGGAUUCCGACUCAGCUGUACAGCCAUCACUUCCAAAGGUUCAAAGAGCAUGUCCAGAAUAAUCUGCCCCGGGACCUUCUUACUACCGAACAGUUUAUUCAGUUGCGCAGGGAACUGGCUUCUUCUGCCAACAGCCAUAAUGGGGAGGACGCACCCCCUGGAGAUGACCUCCCUUCUGGAAUCGAAGACAUAACUGACCCCGCCAAGCUGAUCACUGAAAUAGAAAACAUGCGACACCGAAUCAUUGAGAUCCACCAAGAAAUGUUCAAUCACAAUGAGCAUGAAGUCAGCAAGAGGUGGACCUUCGAAGAAGGGAUAAAACGGCCUUACUUUCAUGUUAAACCUCUGGAGAAAACCCAGCUGAAGAAUUGGAAGGAGUACUUGGACUUUGAAAUCGAGAAUGGAACCCAUGAGCGAGUGGUGGUCCUCUUUGAGCGCUGUGUGAUCUCCUGUGCCCUCUAUGAGGAGUUCUGGAUCAAGUAUGCCAAGUACAUGGAGAGCCACAGCAUCGAAGGGGUGAGGCAUGUCUACAGCCGGGCCUGCACGAUACACCUCUCGAAGAAGCCAAUGGUGCAUUUGCUCUGGGCUGCUUUUGAAGAACAGCAAGGGAAUAUCAAUGAAGCCAGAAGAAUUCUGAAGACGUUUGAGGAGAAUGUUUCUGGGCUGGCCAUGAUUCGCUUACGGAGGGUUAGUCUAGAACGAAGGCACGGGAACAUGGAGGAGGCGGAGCACUUGCUCCAGGAAGCGGUGAAGAAUGCCAAGUCGAGCUACGAAGCCUCCUUCUUUGCCGUCAAGCUCGCUCGGCAUCUUUUCAAGAUCCAGAAGAGUCUCCUGAAAGCCAGGAAAGUUCUCUUGGAGGCCAUUGAUAGAGACAGGGAUAACCCAAAGCUGUACCUCAACUUGCUGGAAAUAGAGUACAGUGGAGACCUGAAGCAGAACGAAGAGCACAUCAUUGAGUGUUUUGACAAAGCUAUUAGUGGGACGUUGGCUAUUAAAAUGAGGAUCAUCUUUUCUCAGCGAAAAGUGGAAUUUCUUGAAGAUUUUGGCCUGGAUGUGAACAAGCUUUUGGACGCCUAUGAAGAGCACCAAUCCCUUCUGAAGGAACAAGAAUGUUUAAAGAGGAAAGCAGAAAACGGCUGUGAAGAGCCAGAUGAGAAACGAGUCCAUGGUGAUGAGGCAGCUCUUGCGUCUGGGCAAAUGACGGAUGGAGACAUGCAGGCAAAUCAGGCUGCCUACAAUUAUAAUGCCUGGUACCAGUACAACUAUCCUAAUGCAUGGAAUUAUGGACAAUAUUAUCAGUCCUCUUCAACCUGAGCAGAAGAACACAAUUUGAGCAGAAAUGGGGUGUUUUGUUACUUUUUUUUAAAUGGGGAUGUGAACAAAUUGUCACGUGAUAUUUUGUCUUUUCUGCAUGUGCAAUGAGCUGAUGUUCACAGGGUUCUUGUGACAAAUUCAUGUGUUAAUUGAUAUUUUGCUGUACACUUAAGUUUAACAGGAAUUCAUUUUCCUGCUACUAAAUUAUCAAGAAAUUACAUGGAAUAAUAUCUUCAGUUCACAUGCCCUCAGGAAUGUUAAUUUGCAAGCCCAUAACACUUAUUACUGGCCAAAGUGAUGAUCUGAAGGGGACUAAAACAAGCUCACCCCACUCCAGGAAAUAAUGCUUUCCUUGAACCUUCCGUUCCCAUCCUUCUAUUCUAAAGUAAUGUCUGUGAACAUUUUCAAAGUCCCAAUUCUAAACCACUCCCUUGCCUGGUUCUGUUGGGCUUUUUCCGUUUACAAUUGCAGCAUCCAAAAACUGUUGAGAGUUGUUUUUUUAAAAAGACAUUAAAGGUUGGGGCUUCAUAAUGUGUAGGGCAUCUUUUUGGGUUUAAAAAGUGAUUAAAAUGAAGUGUAUUGCUAGACCCAUGCUGUGUUUGGGGUGGAUUUUGUAUUGGAAUUUUCAUGUACAAGUUUAGAUCAUUUGUUUAAAAUGUCUUUUUGUAAUAAAACCAAAUUGUGUAAACUCA